AAGUCAAGUCUCGCAAGUGCUUUCAAAUAGUAUUUUUCGCACCACUUCCCUACAAUCCUUGUAACCGCGUUCACAUUGUCGUAAUAACUCCGAAAUAAUGGCGCACGUUAAUGGCAAUGCGCCCAAAAUCACGCUAUACACAAACUAUCGCUGCCCUUAUGCUCACCGAGCUCACAUUGUUUUGAAAGAACUGGGUUUGCCUUAUGAGGAAGUUACAAUCGAUUUGGAUACUCCGAGAGAGCCCUGGUAUCUGAAAAUCAACCCUCGAGGUCUUGUUCCUGCCAUCAAGUUCAAUGGCGAGAUCAUCACCGAGUCAGCCGUUGUCUCAACAUUCCUGGCUGACGCCUAUCCCUCGCAUCUCUUCCCUGCAACAGGAUCUCCAGAAGCUGCCCUGGCCCGUGCUAAAAUCAAUUUUUUUGUCGAUACCUGGAGUACCAAGGCUGGUAGCUUUUGGUACAAGAUCUUGAUGCAGGAUUCUGAAGAGGAAAAGGCAAAGUUGAGCCAGGAAUUUAUUGAAACCGUGAGCAAAGAAUUGGAGCCUCUUCUGAAAGAUGCAAAGCCAUUCUUCGGCGGGAGUGAGAAACUCACACUGGCAGAGGCACUAACCGCGCCUUUCAUUAUCCGGAUAUAUGCGUUCUCAAGACGCGGUGUACUCCCCAAGUCCAUUACAACAGAUUUGGAUGCACUUCCCAACUUUUCCAAGUGGGUUGCAGCAGUAAUGAAACAAGAGAGCGUGACAUAUGUUUUUGAUGAGGACUCAAUCAUCUCGUCCACCGUCAAGAGACUGGAAAAGAUGAAAGAGAAGAACAAGGUAGCAUAGAAGUGAGUCCAUGCCAUGAGGUUUUGGUCAUUCAUAUAACGUCAAUGUCAAGAUUACAAAUGAGAUAUUCUUAGAGACCGAAUUCAUCUAUCCAUCUCACUAUGUUCUCGAGCAUGAUGU